AUGCGAUCGAAAUUCAAAGACGAACAUCCUUUCGACAAGCGCAAGGCUGAAGCUGAACGUAUCCGGCAAAAGUAUCCUGACCGUAUCCCAGUGAUCUGUGAAAAGGUUGAAAAGAGUGAUAUACCUACCAUCGACAAGAAAAAGUACCUGGUGCCUUCGGAUUUGACGGUCGGCCAGUUUGUCUAUGUCAUUCGCAAGCGUAUCAAGCUUAGUCCUGAGAAGGCUAUCUUUAUCUUUGUCAAUGAGAUAUUACCGCCAACUGCAGGAUUGAUGAGUGCCAUUUAUGAGGAACACAAGGAUGAGGAUGGUUUCUUGUAUAUAACAUAUUCUGGCGAGAACACUUUUGGCUCAUGCUAA